AUGUCGCGCUUGAUGGAACUGUGCAGCAAGGAGGUCUGUGUGCCAGAUGGUGCAUCAUUCAUCAAGAUGGAACCUUUUCAAUCGAUGAAUCCAGAAUCAAGUGCUUUCUCUCUACUGAGAAGCCUAUAUCUGCGCGGUCUAGAGCCGACUGCAGAGCUCUACCCCCUUAUCUUUGAUGGACAGAAUAUGGACUCCAACACACCAGAGUCAGUUCGUCUCCGAUCUCUCGCCUUUUUCCAAGAUCUUGUAUCAAACCCUACCUUGGGUACGAUGAAUAUAGAGGCUCUAAGAUCCAAACAGAAACUGAUCCUCGCAACUGGAGUACGCGAUCUGUUCAUUGCCGAUUAUCAUGGCCUUUUAGGCGAGCAUGAAAGAAAGCUCCUGAAAGAUAUAGUAGGAAUUAUCAAAGUGCCCUUGGAUCCGAUAUACACGAAUGGAAUUACGCUAUCAUUUCAUCCUUCGGCAGAAUUCACAUGUGUCAAGUUCGUUGAAGAUUUGGACGGCAAAGUUCAGGACAGGAAUGUCCAGCCAUUUAUACAAUGCCUAAGCACACCCAGGCUUUUUGCCGUGUUUGUCAAGGCAUCAGAUCUUUCGUAUCACAACUUCGAGAACAUCGUCCAUUUGGACUCUUGGUUCGAGACGAGCAUGGCAGACCAUGGGCAGGAUGGUCUAGAAACAUCACUCAGCGAGUCUACACAGCCCUCCCCAGAGCAUGAAAUUUACACAUGCAAGCUUCAAGAUGAAACUACUGGCGCUCUACUCAAUUGUCUGUCGUCUCUGGAUCUCUACGUUCCGCCUCUGAACAAGGAAACCCGAGGAGGUGAUCGCUUCAUUUUUCAUUCAUCCAUCUUGAGCAAGGCCUUGACAAACGCAGUCCGGUCCAGCGGAAUGCUCAAUCAGAUAGAAAAUGGGAGCCUAGGCUCAUCUUUCGAGUUCGUCAAUUAUGUCUUCAGGUACAACAGGUUUGCUACUGGAGACAGCAACUUCGAAAGCCAUUUGGACACGCCAUACUACGACUCUGCUCGCUCCCAUGUCUCAAAAUACACGCUUCUCAUUUACAUAACUGGAGGGCACAACAACCCAGUCCUGCGCGUCAAUGAUGUUUCUUUCAACGAAGUAGAGGAAAUGUCCUGUGUCAUUUUCAAUCAAAGCUAUGAGCACGAGGGCCGACCUUUUCUGGACGGAUCUAAAAUCUUCCUCCGUACCGAAUUAAUAUUCAAGGACACUGAUCUCCAGCAUGAUCCCACAAUCGGUCGCAUCUUCAGCGAGGCAUGCUAUAUGACAAGUCAAAGUGUAUUCGAUCAGGAUCGGUCUCUAUCACUACAUGCCCACAAAUGCUUCGAAAGAGCUAAUGCCUUGCAUUGGGGCCUCGGGAAGACGGAUGCGCAUCGAUCUGUGUACCUAUGGAAACAGUUCCAGGGCAUGAACUUUGUGACCAACGGUUACAGCUAUUGGUUCGACAAAAAUACUGGUACGGAUCUAAGGGAUUGCGCUGUCGUAACAACGCUAGAUUACCUCAACUGCAAAGUCGGAAGCCGCCCCUUCCGCUCCCGUUGUGCUUCGAAGAAAAUAGAAGGGAAGAUCUCUAAUGAUGAGAUUUGGACGUUCCUCUCUUCUCAUAGGCGCACAAGUGUGAAAGGCUUCAAGAGAUUGGCGGAGGGUACUAUCGAUUCCCUACUAAACGGCCCGAGCAAGCCUUUUACAGGUCGUUUAGGUGAAUGGGAUGGAGAAGAAGAUGAACUGCCAGAGUUUGAAGAAGACGGACAUGGAUGCUGCCCGAUGCAUUCGUUUCCCAUGUUCAACCCAUCGAAGAGUGUUGAGGUCAUGGAAUGCUACGAACUAUGCCGAAGCUAUUCGCGACAACAACUUCUCAGUGCGCCUUUACUUCUUCUUGGCAAUGAAGUAACAAUCAAUCACGCCAAUAUCAAGAUUUUCGGAGACAAAAUCUUCAUCUUGAGGGACAGCCAGCAGUCACCUCUUCCGCCUAUUAACUUCGCAGCUUGCUGGGGGGAUGAGCCGAUGCCUCCAGAAUUCGUCGUGGUUGGGAGUGAAAUUCCAGCGCCUGACCUUCUAUUGCCUCCAAUCACGUUUCACAAAUGUGAAGAAGGCUAUCAACUUAGUCUCGACUUCUUCAGAAACGACUGGAUGGUGCGGGUGGAUGACAAGCGAACCGUCCCUGUACCAGAUUUGACCGAGAAGCCUGAAGAUGAAGCACCGUUUUCAGAGAAGAUACCAGAGACUGCCGAUGGAAUGGAUAAGAUAUUUGAGUACCAUUUUGAGUAG